AUGUACAAAAUUAUUUUAGAUGUACCAGCCAACCACUCCGACAUUUUUCGAAGCUCAGGCGACAAACACUCUGCAGUCGCCUUCAACUUCGGUUAUAUAUCAGCCACCGAUGAUGCCCGCCCAUCCCACAAUGCUUCAACAGCCCACCGCAUACUCGGUGACCACCAUUUACCAGGUGCCGAGUAUGUACCAGCCGCCCGUCAUGUACCAGCACCAGCCGCCCGUUAUGUACCAGCACCAGCCGCCCGUUAUGUACCAGCACCAACCGCCUGUAAUGUACCAGCACCAGCCACCCGUAAUGUACCAGCACCAACCGCCCGUAAUGUACCAGCACCAGCCGCCCGUAAUGUACCAGCACCAGCCGCCCGUAAUGUACCAGCACCAGCCGCCCGUAAUGUACCAGCACCAGCCCGCAACUUACGAGCAGUCCACCAUGGAGUCUGCCAUGAACAGCACUUCAGCUCCGAGUCCGACCGUAAAAUCCCAGAGGCCGCCAUCUCACAAAAUUAA